AUGUCUCCUUCACGUCUUUAUCCUGUUUCUAUGAGAAGUUAGAGGGUUUUUUCUUCUAGAUUUUUUCCUCAGCAGAUUUUAGUUUGGUGGAUAAUCGUCUGAGCAGAGAUGGGACCUCGUACAGCAGUGUCUCCGUCUAAGGAGGUGAAGUGUAGAGGUCAGGGAGGAGCCCGUCGGAGGAGCAGCAGCGACGGCAGCAGGUACAGCCAGAGAGGAGCCGGCCUAGCCAACAACGCCUCCUCUUCUUCAUCCACAACGGUGCUCUUCAACCCAAAGUCAGUGUUGAAGAGACCGGUGAGCACAGAGGAGCUGCAGAGACCAGGAGGACCCUACAUCAGGAAAACCUUCACAAUCGUGGGCGAUGCCGUGGGUUGGGGCUUCGUGGUGAGAGGAAACCGGCCGUGUCACAUUCAGGCUGUGGAGCCCUGCGGUCCAGCUGCUGCUGCUGGGAUGAAGGUCUGUCAGUUCGUGGUUUCGGUCAACAGGACCAACGUCCUUCACCUGGACUACCGGACCGUCAGCCACCUGAUCCUGACCGGACCGAGGACGCUGGUGAUGGAGGUGAUGGAGGAGACUGAAAACUGAGAGAGUGAAGACCCUGAGGGGUGGACUUCAGAGUGAAGCUGAGGAUAUUCUGUAUAUAAAAACCAGAAAGCUCUGAGAUGACUGGAGUUACAGACAGAUGUGAAAAAUGUGCUUUAGAUUCACAAACCUCUGACUGUAAAUGUUCACGUUUAUCAGAAAUACUCCUCUGACUCAGCUCUGAUUGUUAGGAAAGGAUUUUAGUUAGAGAGGAAAUGUCUGUGAGGUCUUUAUAGAAACGUUCCUGCAGUACCCAGAAGAACCAGACCCCCUUAAAGAUAGUCUGUGAAUGGGAACGCUCUGGUUCCAGCUGAACUUUUUAUUUUUACUGUUUCUGUGAAGAAUUAUAUUCUUUCCCACAAAUCUGUCAAAGUCUGGCUCCUUACAGCAGAAACUGAGAGGGUUAAAAAAAAUAAAUAAAAUGACAAUCAGUUAGAGAUUUUAAAAUCUGUGGGCAAAGAUUUG